ACUGCAAAAAACAUACAAAAAUUUGUAUAUUAAAUUUUAAAUCUGGAAUUCUGUAUAUAUCUGCAUCUCUAAUCCCCUCUGGAUUAAGCAAACCCGUUGAUAAAGAGCUCUUGGCACAGACCAACUGCCCCACUCAUGACCCAACACUAAUGGCGUUGCGCAGCCGCAAACAUGUCAUGGCCUGGAAAAUUGUUAAUAACGUUUGAAAACUUCACCGCUGGCUUGCCAGCCUUGGCAAAUGAGAAAAAUGCAACGCCCUGUCCCAGCUGCUGUGACUGCAAUUGUAAAUGCUGUCGGGGACUCAUACAAAAGUACGUUGCCUUCAAUGGAGAACCUGUUGCUCCCUCCUCCACUGCUGGCGAUGUCCAGAAAAUGAUGCUCUUCAGCACAGCGGACAUGAUGCUGUUGCUACAGUCGGCACAGGCGCGCGACAAUUUCUGGACCAAUAAUUUCUACAAGGCCAAUCUUCAUGGGGAUUAUCACGCGAUUGGUGAUGCCUUUACAUCGAAGCGGAGACAGGUUGAUCUUGGGAAGCUAGAGGGAAUUAUGGACACCAUUACAACUGGCUAUCGACGCGCGGUGGGCCUUCUUGCUGGCACCGAGGCCCAUGCAGCGCUCCGACCAAAGGCAGUAGCCCCAUUCUAUCCAGGACUGCGUUGCGGCUGCCUAGAUUGUGAGAAAUGGCCCUGGCGAACCCUUAAACAGGUGGAGGCGCAUCAGCGUGAGCACAAUAUGGGCGACAACUGGCACUGUCGGAUCUGCUAUCGGAGCUUCUACCUUCAACACAUGAUCUGCUCCCACCUUAGGAGGAGCGUGAGGCGAGGCGGCUUCGAACAGCUAAUGGAGAACGAAACCUACAAACAGCUGCUGGAGGACCAAAGACAACAGGAAGGGCAAUCGAACCAGGCGCCUCCUAGGAUCCAGGAGAUGACUAUUAGCAUGCCGCAGGGCGUCCACCUCGAUUUUGUAAAGGAACUGAGAAUGGGGUCUUUGAGACCCAUCAGCUGCACAUGCGCCGUCAUCAAAAACUGAACAAGGAUACCAUGAGAUCGUGCCCCACUUGUAGGCGGUCAUUCCGUACGCGUCUCUGUCUUCUGAAGCAUCAGAAAAGAGCUCGUGUGGCCU